AAAAACUCCAAGAAAAAUUACAUUCAAAAUAGAUAAAGUGAUAAACCCCUCCCUUCUCUCCACUCCGUCUCUUAUCUCUCAAUUCUCUUGUUCUAUUAUUCUUCCUCUAAACAACAACAAAUGGCUACAUUUUCCUCAAUUUGCUCACCCAACUUCCUCCAAAUCCCAAAACCAUUAGCAACUACACAAGCCCUUCUGCCCUCCAAAGUCAGUGUCAACAUUUUUCACUCACACCCAUCUCAAUUUUCUCACAAAUUUGCUUUGUCUUCUACUCUCAAGACAACAAGGCUCUCUGUUGUUGCUGAAGAAACUGCUGUGGUCACUCAGUCUUCGGAUGUGGCGAAGCGGCUUUAUGUUGGCAAUAUUCCCAGAAAUUUGAAGAAUGAUGAGCUCCAGAAGAUUGUUGAAGAGCAUGGUGCUGUUGACAAAGUUGAGAUCAUGUUUGACAAGUAUUCUGGAAGGAGCCGACGAUUUGGUUUUGUUACAAUGAAAACUGUUGAGGAUGCAAAUGCUGCGAUUGAGAAGCUUGAUGGCACAGAAAUUGGAGGACGCGUGAUCAAAGUAAAUGUAACAGAGAAACCCUUGACAAUUCCAGAUUUUUCACUUCUUCAAGCCGAAGAAACUCAAUUUGUUGACAGCCCCUACAAGGUUUACGUUGGUAAUCUUGCCAAGGAAGUAACCUCUGACAUACUUAAAGGAUUCUUCUCUGAGACAGCUAAUGCUGUUAGCGCAAAGGUAUCUCGAGUGCCAGGAACCUCAAAAUCCAGUGGAUAUGGUUUCGUUACAUUCUCUUCGGAGGAGGACGUAGAAACAGCUGUCUCAACUUUAAAUAAUGCGUUGCUCGAAGGGCAGAAAAUCCGUGUAAAUAAAGCAUAAUUUAGCUGGCAGAAGAGGUGGAGAAAUUUUGGUUUAACCAUCAACAUAUCAGAUGUUUGUUGCAGAAGAAUCAAAACGUAGAUGGGAAUUUUAAUUAGAAUUGGUUGUUUGUUGCAUCAUGAUUAGAUCUUUAAACUCAUUUGUAUCACAAUUCACAAUAUUAUAAUAUCAAGUCUUCACAAUACUAA